AUGAAAAUAUGGGAUAUCCUGUCUGGUGAGCCAGUUGUCUUGUGUGGUGAUGGUCGAAACGAUUCACCAGGACACAGUGCAAAGUAUUGCAUGUAUGCUUUGAUGGAGCAACAUCUAGAUGUCAUUGUUGAUGUGGAAGUGGUGGACAAGCGUCAGACAGGAGGCAUAUCAACUAAUAUGGAAGUCUUUGGGUUAAGAACAAUACUGGAGAGAAUGGUUGGCAAAAUCAUCUUGUCUGAAAUAGUUACUGAUGCUUCGACUGCAGUGAUUGCAUUAGUCAGAAAGACGAAAGGUAACACAGAAAUUUUGUAUGAAACUAUUAGGAUUUGAUGAGGCUAACCAUACAAUCUGUUAAUGUCUCUUGUUAGUCUAUCAAGUCAUAGUGCAAAAUACUUAUGUUAUUUUACUAAUUCCAUAUGAUUUUACUUGCCAACUGUGGAAGUGUUGGAUUUUAAUGUCUUACAUUAUCCUAAUAUCCUUAAUGGCAGGGACCCAUGUACAGUAGGUAGUGAUCAAAAUAUAUUUGUGGUUUAUGUAGGUGAUACAACUACCUGAAAGUACAAGUAGACAAGGGUCUAAUUCACACAAACUGUUGAAGUUCUAUUUGUAUAUUGCAGCUAGUUCACCUAGUUGUAUCACUUACAGAACCACUUACAUUAUCCUUUAUAUCUAGACAGAUGCAAUGUUUAGUUUAACUGUUUCAGAGGGGCUUCUGAUAUUUCCUAGAAUGAUGUAUUUAGUAGCAGGGAAGGCAUUUAUGUCCAAAGUUUAUGGGUGUAGGUAAAACAUGGCCCAGUGUAUGGCCCUACCCUUGGCCCACCUGUUUUUUGUUUAAUUUUGAUGUGUAAAUUAUGUCAAAAUUAUUUUAACGUGUUGAGUUCAUAUACGUUUCAUAUAUAUUAUAAAAUAUUGAUUUGAGCUCAUUUCUAAAAUACGAAAUAAGUUUUGACCAGUCACCUGUGCGUUUUACGAUUAGUACAUAAUAUGGACUAUUACAUAAAGUACGAACAACCAAACAACACAUGAUCACGUGAGAGAAUCAAUGUCGGCCGCAUGGCGCACAACUGCAUCGUUUCAUGGGGUGAGUUUUUAUCGUUUCUUUUAGCUUUUUGCUAUCAAUACGACUUGUCUUGCAAUUUAAUGUUGAGAACUCUCUAACGUUUAUAAACGUUUGAAUUUUAGAAAAUCGUGUUUAAAAUAAAAAAAUGAAGCGAUCGAGGCGAGUUUGAAGAAUACAUUUGGACGUUGUUUAUAUGUUGAAAUAUUUACAUAUUUACACUUUACAGACUAGAUAAUUCCGAAUAUUCGGAAUCCGCAUAAUUUUGCAACUUUGGGAACUUUUUGACUUGUUUUCAAGUCUGCAAAUCCUGUGUUAUUUGUAUAUAAAAGGUUUCGAUCAUCAAUAACAUAAUAAUUAUCUAGUCUGUAAAGUGUAAAUAUUUCAACAUAUUUUAAAUAAACAGCGUCCAAAUCUGGUCAAAUGUAAUUCUUCAAACUCGCCUCGAUCGCUUCAUUUUUUGAUUUUAAACACGAUUUUCUAAAAUUCAAACGUUUAUAAACGUUAGAGAGUUCUCAACAUUACUUUCAUUAAAUUGCAAGACAAGCACCUGCUCGUAUUGAUAGCAAAAAGCUAAAAGAAACGAUAAAAACUCACCCCAUGAAACGAUGCAGUUGUGCGCCAUGCGGCCAACAUUGAUUCUCUCACGUGAUCAUGUGUUGUUUGGUUGUUCGUACUUUAUGUAAUAGUCCAUAUUAUGUACUAAUCGUAAAACGCACAGGUGACUGGUCAAAACUUAUUUCGUAUUUUAGAAAUGAGCUCAAAUCAAUAUUUUAUAAUACAUAUGAAACGUAUAUGAACUCAACACGUUAAAAUAAUUUUGACAUAAUUUACACAUCAAAAUUAAACAAAAAACAGGUGGGCCAAGGGUAGGGCCAUACACUGGGCCAUGGCCUAGGGCCAUGUUUUACCUACACCCUAUAAUAGUUCUGUUUGUGGAAACACCACGUAAAUUUAUUACUUAGACAAUAUGAUUUUUUUAAAAUAUAAUCCAUCGAUCUCCCAGGUUGUGAUUAAUUUAAAAUAUGUGGUCAACGCUAUGGCAAUCAGCACCUCACAGAGGCUGAGCUCAGUGCAUCUUUUAGGAAAUUUAUAGAUGACUGAAAAACUGAUGAAAACACAUCAAUAUAUUACAUUUAACAAUUGUAUAAUUAUUUCUUUUUGCAGAUAGUCCAUGUUACACUAUUCCAAGCAUAAAAGAACCAAAGGAAGAAUGUAGAAAAUGGUUAUUGGAGUUGUGCACUAAUUUUGUACAUACAUACUUGUUAGAGCGUGGAACUGUUUUACCAAUAAUCACAAGGAUUGAGGAGUUGAAUGAAGCAAGAAAUGGUGGAUAUGUUUGUCGUUUUGAAGGAUGUAACUACAAAUAUAUACUCCAUUCUGCCAGAGUAAAGUAAGUAAUUGUGAUUACCAGUACAUCAAAUUUACUUCAUCAUCUUUUAACUUCCCUCCCAAUGAUUUUGACUAAUGUCAUGGAUUUGUGAAAAUGAUCUUAAAUAUGAUGUUCUACGACAAUUAAAAGCAACUUCAUGCCCAUGACCUUAUCUCUGAUCGGGGAGCAAUAACCAUAGUUGGAGCUUAUUGUGUGAUCUGCUUCCAUUAAUUCUAAAUUAUUGGGAGAAAAACACUUGUACAUGUGGUGGAAGCUCCUUUCCAAAUUGACAUAAAAACACUAACAGGGGCAUAGGAAUGGGGGGGGGGCAGGGUGGCCAAGCCCCCCAAGUUUUGAAAAGUGCCCUUUUUCGGUGACGAAGUGACCUUUGUGUUCGUGAAAAAUGUUGUUCAAAUUGCUUUUUGCCUUUGAUUAAUGCCAACAUUUUCGGGAAAAUUUUUUUAAACACUUUCAUUCAAACACUUUCAGAUAUGAAGUUACAAAGCACAACCUUGUACUCUAAAGAUAUGAAGAUGGUGGGGAUGAAAAAGAUUCAUUUGGACACUGCCAGUUCUCAUGCGGACUUGUUUAUUCAUCAAAGGCAAAUUUAUAAGUUGCAUGGAAAUUAAUUAAAAGCAAGUUGUGGAAAGUCAGAUACCAAUUUUACCAUGAAUAAUCCUGAACGGUAAAUUAAUAGGGAUGUGAUUUUCCAUGACAACAGAUACAUCUAUACAUAUUCUAAAAUAUAUUUUAUUGCUAAACUAGAAAAUCACAAUAGCAACAUAAGUGACCCUACAUGUUUUUACAGUAAAAUUCUUACUUUUUUAAAAAUUAAUUUCUUCCAGACAUGAAAAAGCUAUACAUAGUAGAAGUUUCAAAGAGACGACAUGUGAUGCAAUUGCUCCACAAGUUCACAAUAAAAUAAAGGAAGACUAUAUUUAUAACUAUCACAGAGGAAAGCUUGCAUUUGGUCUGUUAUUAUUCGAGUUUAAUGAUGCAAUCAAGGAAGGGGAUGGACAAAGAUUAUAUGAACUAUACAAACUAGCCCUACUAAUGUACAAAGCAUACAGCAAAACAAAAUAUUCAUAUGUUGUUUUGUUAUACCUGGUGAAAAUAUCUGGCAUUUUGUCUGAAAAUGAUUCCCACAAUUUAAAAUGGAAUAGAUUUUUCAACAAACACGGGAAAAAUGCAGCAAACAUUCCAUUGGAUUUACGCAUGGAGCAGUUAAACAAAUGUGUAAAAUCAAUGUGGAGGGGACUUGGAGCCAAUGUGAAUGAAACAUAUGCUUCUAGGCUAGCAAGAACAACUGAGUAUGUGGAAAUGAUCUUGGAUUCAAUAGACAGAGAUUGUGAUAUUGGCGAAGCAAGUGGAUAUCGAUCAUCAGGCAAAUCAGAAGUUGCAGUGAAACAGAUUGCUACCGACUUACUCACCAUAAAGGCUUUCAAACACCAACCAGGCAGAAACGGACACAACUCAUUCGCCAAAUUUCCAUGUGACCUGCUUAAAAAUUUGGAUUAUAGAGACUUGCACUUGUGGAUGUCUGGAUUAGUGAAGACCUGGUAUACUUCUUUUUGA